GUGCCCGAGGCCACGGCGGUCGCCGCGGGCAGCGGUGACUCGUCCGAUGGCGAGGGCGGCGGCGGCGCCGGGCCGCAGGCUUCUGUUGUCUCGCAGCGCGCGCAGCGGCGUCGCAGCAGCGUCAUGGGCUUCGAGGCGUCGGACCUCGACAGGUGCACCCUGGGAGGCCCGUUCACAGGCCCCCGGCGGCGUAGCAGCGCCUUCAAGAGCAGCCGGACAUUGGACAUGGUCCAGGUAUUCAGCGUCACGUGCCUCAGGGAGGUCGCCGUCUUGCAGCAGUGCGACCAGGAGUUCGUCGAGCUGCUCAUGGAGUGCGUGGAGACGAAGAUGUUCAACGCGGGCUGCGACAUUAUCCCAGAAGACUGGAGGCCCCAGCACCAGCGUCUACUUCCUCAUCCUCGGGGGUUGCCAGAUGGCGGGAGGCGCCCGCGGCCCGCCUCGGGGACGGCGCCACCUUCGGGGAGAUGGCGCUGCUGGGCGACGCCUGGCCCGCGCGAGGGAGGCGGUGCGCCACGGUGAGGGCCACGAGCCUCUGCAACUGCCGCACGGUGGAGUGGAGAGCGCCCUCCAGCACGCCCUGGGGCACUUCCCGUCCAGCCGCGAGGCGCUCGUCGCGGAGGCCCGCCGCAAGCGCGCCGACCUGGCCCGCCAGGGUCUCCUGCCCGCCGCGCCGGCGAGGGCGUCCGUGUUCCUGCCGCCCUCCGCUCCGAUGGCGCCCCCGCCGGCGCGGAGGCUCCGCCGCGCCUCCACCUCGCUCGCGGCGCCAGAGGUGGGCCGCGGGGCUUCGCCGGCAGGGGCCCCUCCGGGUGGAGCCCGCGCGCCGCGGCGCCGCAGCAGCGUCAUCGGCUUCGAGGCCUCGCCCAGCGACUGCCGCAGGAGCAGCGUCGCGGGCUUCCCCGCGCGUUGCCGCGACGCGCAGCGGUGGCGGUACUGGGCCAGCAGCGGGGGCCGCCUGGCGGAGGUCUGCGAGAGCGGCUCCAGCUCCAGCUCCAGCUCCAGCUCCAGCUCCAGCUCCAGCUCCAGCUCCAGCAGCGAGGAGCCGGAGCCCGACGGGGGCUCCAGCGGCGCCGAGCAGGCACGGGGCGCCAGCCGCGGAGGAGAGGGCACCGAGGGCGCGCCCAGCGGAGAAGGCCCUCGCCGGACCCUUUGCGCCGGCUGGAGAGGAGGACGGGACAGCGCUGAGGAUGUACUGGGCGGUCAGAUCCAGGCCGCCGCUGGCAGCAGGGGCGAAGGAGGGGAGGGCGCCGAGGGUGCGCCCAGCGAGGAAAGCCUUGGCCAGACCCCCAGCGUCAGCUGGGAAGGAGGAGGGGAGGGCGCUGAGGAUGCUCCGGGCGAUGAGGGCCGCGGCCAGAUGCAGGCUUGCGGCAGCAGCAGAGAAGGAGGGGAGGGCGCACCUGGCGAGGAAGAGCCCUGCCAUACCCCCAGCGCCAUUUGCAAAGAAGGAGGGGAGGGCGCUGAGGAUGCACCGGGCGAUGAGGGCCGCGGCCAGAUGCAGCCUUCUGGCAGCAGGAGGCAAGGAUGGGAGGACGCCGAAGGCAAGCAUAGCGGGGAGGACCAUUGUGAGGAGGAUCGCAGCCGAACUUCUGGAAGCGAUCAAGGGCAAGGAGGAGAAGAGGACGCCAUUGAUGAGCCUGGCGCGAAGUGCGAAAGCGAGGUCCCGUCUAUUGGUACCAAGGAGGCAGGAGAGGAAGAUGCUGAGGGUGAGCUUGGCGAGGAGGGCCAGGGCAAGAUUCCUUGCGGCGCGGGCAUCAAGGCAGAUGAUGACGACGCUGAGGAUGCGCUUGGCGAUGAAGACUGCGUCCAUGCUUCUCUAGGAGACGAAAGCAGAGUGGAAGCGCCCUGCGAUGGAGACCAAGCCCAGACUGCUGCUGGCGGCGGGGGCACUGCGGAGGAGAACGCCGAGGAGGCGUCGGGGUGCGGUCUUCGUCCCUCUCCCCAGACCCCCGACGUCGUGACCCUGUUCGCAACGACAACACCUGGAGGUCUGAACCCCCUCCUCUGGACCAGGUCUCCAUCCUGA